AUGCUUCUGGAGCGCGAGGACAGCUUCAUGUCGGAGUUCGAGGACGCGUGCAGCGCCUGGGUGGACAGCGUGGGCUCGAGCCCCGGAUACGGCACCGACUCGGACGUGGACUCCCCUUUCUCCCAAGCUUUCUCUCCGGGAACCGACGCCUCAGACUCAGAUUUCUUCUCUGACUUCAGCGACUGUUCCUCGGACUCCCUCUCUCCUUCUCUCGGCUACUCCGGCGGCUUCUUCGCGGAACCAGCAGCGGCGGCGCCGGCGACCCCGGGUCUGAGCAGCACCACGGACGCCAUCCUCAACAUGAUCACGGAGAUCGUGGGCAUCUGCACCGACAUGGAGCAGCCCGACGCCGGCUCUCUCCCAGCGUCCGCCCCCGCCUCUGCGGCGCAGUCCACGGGCACCGACGUCCCGUCCUCUCCGCUCUUCUCUUCCAUGAGCUCCAUCAACGGCUACGGCGCAGCUGCCAACCCCGAGAUGGGCACCUCUUCCCUGGCUGCAGUUCAGCAGCUGCCCCCCUCUUCCGUGCUCGUCAAAAGUGAAUUCUCGACCUCCAGCUGCAACAGCGGGUGUGCGCAGCCCUCCGUGACCGGGAAUGAUGCGCUGUACCCGGCUAGUGGCGACUCUCUCCUCCCGCUGUCGGCUCUGGAGCAGCAGGUGGAUGUGGCAGAUUUCAUCGAGUCUUUGCUGAGCUCCGAGGCCGGACAAUGUGAGCUGAAGCCCGGCUGUGAGGUCAAGCAGGAGCCGAUGGGGCUGGAGGAAUGGCUGAAGAGCCUGACGGCGGCGCCCGUCACCGGGGGGGAUUCCAGCAGCUACGUCAUCAGCAGACCUGCCGUCAAGACGGAGCUCGUGCAGAGCGGGAGCGAGCUCCAGACCCCCCCGGCCCCCCCGGCCCCCUCCACCCUUGACGCGCUUCUCCUCUCCUCUCUGCUGCCAGGCGCGUUCCCGAUGGUCAACCUCAGCAGUGUGCACGCGGCAGGAGCCUCCAAACCCUCACGCGGGGGCAGGAGAGCUCCCGCCAAGGGCGCCGUCAAAGUGAAACCGUUCCCGUGCUCCGUGCAGGGGUGCGAGCGCCGCUUCUCGCGCUCUGACGAGCUGAACAGGCACGUGCGCAUCCACACGGGCCAGAAGCCUUUCCAGUGCACGAUCUGCUCGCGCAGCUUCAGCCGCAGCGACCACCUGACCACGCACACGCGCACGCACACGGGGGAGAAACCCUUCUCCUGCGAUGUGUGCGGCAAGCGCUUCGCUCGCAGCGACGAGAGGAAGAGGCACGGGCGCGUGCACGUGAAGCAGCAGCUGCGCGCGCAGAUGAUGGCGGCCUACUCCCUGGCUUUCUCCGCUCCCGGCGUCUAA